AUGUGUGAUCGUGGUGGUAGGGCGUGCGUUUCCGUCUUUCAUUGGUCGUUUUCUGCCCUAUUGGCACUUGGCCAAGCUGCACAAAUUGCAUAUGUAUAUUGGAAAGAAUGGCCAGUUCUCAUCAACCAUUUCACCACCAACUGGCCAAUCCUCACCCAUCCCCCGUUCCUUCUAGCCAACUUUCACAUUCUUGCACUAAUGGUGAGCCUGAUUGCUCACCACAAGAAAUGCUGCCCAGGACACACUUUUCUCAUCAUCACCAGUAUGGCGAUUUGUGCCUAUUAUCCGGUUAUAUUGAAGAGGACAGAGCCAUCGGCUGAGAUGUUAAAGACUCCGACCGAGAAGGAAUAUGUAUGGUAUGGACUGGGUUGUAUAUGGGCAUUAACAGUGCUGCACACAUGCUUUUUGCUAAUUGUACUUUUUGUGAGCUGUGCUUGGAAGGGAAAUUUGCGUAAAGGGAAGAUUUCGAUCCUAAAGAACGACGCCUUCUACGGGAAAAUGCCCGAGCCGACGCCGGUUUAUAUGAAAACGGCCUACGUGCAUCAUAUCUUUGUCGACCCGUCGUCAUUGGAA